UGAGACAUCAAGAUGGCUGCCGAAUUUUUCUGAAAAGUGAAUCAAGCAGAAAACUCAUUAAUUUCAAGGAUUUAUAUGAAUAAUAUACAUAUUUUCGGUAACUAAGUGCAAUGAAUAGAAUUUGUCGAUACCAAGGAAGGUGACAGGUAUAACAAAAUUGAUGUACCAUGGCUCAGGCUAGGCAAAUAAAAUGUGUGGUAGUUGGAGAUGGAACAGUUGGCAAGACAUGUAUGCUCAUAUCCUUCACAACAGAUAGCUUCCCAGGAGAAUAUGUACCUACUGUGUUUGAUAACUAUACUGCGUCAUUGACUGUUGAUACAGUGCCCGUCAACUUAGGAUUAUGGGAUACCGCCGGACAGGAAGAUUAUGACAGAUUACGCCCUCUAUCUUACCCUCAAACAGAUGUGUUCCUAGUAUGCUUUAGUGUGAUCAGUCCCUCAUCAUUUGAAAAUGUAAAUACAAAGUGGAUGCCAGAGAUUAAACAUCACUGCCCAGAGGCCCCAGUGUUGCUCAUAGGUACAAAAAUUGAUUUACGAGAGAACAAAGAGGCUAUAGGUCUACUGGUAUCCCAGGGUUUGUCUCCAAUAAAGAGAGAACAGGGCAUUAAAAUGGCAUCUAAAAUAAAGGCAGUAAAAUAUAUAGAAUGCUCGGCUCUUACACAAAGAGGAUUAAAACAGGUGUUUGAUGAAGCAGUUAGGGGAGUAUUACAACCUUCAUCCCAUAAUCGUAGAGACCACAAAUGUAGGUUACUUUAGUAACCCAGCAAUGCUCUCACAAUGGUCAUGUAUUGAAACUUAAAUUACUCAGUGAAAGGAGAGAUUGAGCAAGGAAUAGAGUAUACAGUCAUGUAGUCAACACUCUAAAUUGUAUAGAAAUGCAAGAAAAUCGGGCAGUUUAUUCAAAUUUUAGAGAGAAACGUGUGAAAAUGAGAGAAAUCAGACAUGACCGGAGUGGUGUUUUAAGUGUGGUUUUACUAUAAUCAGUGA